AUGAACGGUGCUGUUACUUGGAUCAGAAAAAAGGACCGACAGCUUCUCACAAUAGGUAGAAGCACUCACUCUAUGGACACACGUUUUGUUGUUGUAAACAAUCCCGACUGGAACCUCUUGAUCAAGAACAUCAGACACGAAGACGCGGGGCUUUACGAGUGUCAGAUUCAAACGGAACCGGUGCAGCAGCGAUUCGUGUGGUUGAACGUCACAGAAGCGUAUUCGGUCAUACCAGGCGGGCCGGAUCUCCAUGUGAAACAGGGCUCCAGUUUGCGUUUGGAGUGCCAGCUGAUGGCGGCCGCAGAACCGCCCAGCUACGUGUUCUGGUACCGCGAAGAACGCAUGAUAAACUACGACAACGAACCCGGUGUCAGAUUCGAACUGAGAAGAAACGGUUCGGUGCUCGUUGUGGAAAAAGUAAAGCUCUCGCACGGAGCGAAUUACACGUGCUCGCCGAGCAACGCCAGACCGGCGCACAUCGUGAUACAUGUCAUUGAAGAAGAAGAGAAAUCGGCAGCCAUGCACGGAGGCGAUCGGCGCAAUUCCACAGCAGCCACGUCGAGCAACAUCAUGCUGACUCUCUUUGUUCUGGUAAUUGUCUUAAGAAAACGCUUUCAGAACGUUAUCCGCCAAGCUACGUGACUAGAGUAAUCGUUACUCAGAUCUGCUGGAAAGAAAGUCGGAAAUUUCAAUUUUUGUUUUUCGAUGUUUUGAAACAAAAAAAAUUAUGCUUUUCACGAGCUAAAGUUGUUUGACUCCGACGAUGAAAUCCAAACAUCCGCGAGGGAAGAUGUGACAGUUUCCGCGCGCGGGAUCAAAGAAAAAUCUAUUUGCGAGUAAACUUAAAGCAAGAGAUUCAACUGCAGACAGUUUUCCGAGAGUCCGUAUCCCCCAGCGGUGAAAUCCGAAGAGAGCUGCGAAGUUUCACGUAACCAUGUAACUUUCGUUUAAAGAAACGUCUUAUCCAAGUGACACCACUUGAUAGGAACUCUGCUUGAACUCGUAACGAGUGAAUAAUAACCGCGGAAUGAGAUUUGGUUUUCUUUCAACGAAGAGACGAAUUUCUUUGUAAACUUCGGGAACCAAGUUGCGUCGUUGGUCAUGAUAAACUCUCUCGCAUGUUGAAACCGAAGUUUUUCUGUUUUUUUUUUUUUUUUUUUUUUUGUAGACAAUUUGCCGUUUUUGCUGGUAACAAACUAAUUUUAGAAACUGAACUCACAAUUGUUUAAAGACAAAAAGAUAAGAAAAGAAUUGUAUAUAUGUUUAUUCUUUUAACAUAAGUCAUUUUGUUAAUCUUAUUUCUGAAAUGCAAAAUAGUAUCAAUCAGUUAAAAUCAGUUAAGAGAAAUACUUCUGUUCUUUUAUACAUCAUUCUUUUAUUUUAAAUAAAAUUAGAUGCAUUUUUAUUCCGAGACUCACAUAUUAUUUCGCUUUUUGUAUUUGAAUUCAGUCUGUUGAUUGAUUUUAUGUGGAUAUAAAUGUUGACGGUAAUGAGACAUUCUCACACUUUAUAAAAUAUUAUCUUAUAAAAAUUUGAGAGUGACAGAUAAAAUAAAACAUCAAAAAAGUGUUGUAAGUUUUUAUAUAUUAUAGAUGAUAACAUUCUCAAGUACUUUGUUAACUCUUUAAGCCCUACAUACCACUACAGUGGCUUCGCUAGAUGAUCUUUUAGAACAAAUCGUCACUAUAGUGGCUUCUCACUAAGCGACGUUUUAGAACGAAUAGCCAUUAUGGGGUGGCUUUUUUCUUUAUCUCGUAUUGGAAGCCGUAUAACGUUGUUACAAUGCGGGAAUGGUUUUUUUUAUAUGUUUUUACAUUUUUUACUAAUAUUGUUAAUUCGCGGUAGAGCUGUUCGUACAGUAGUACAACUCCACAGUUAGUUCAGCCGUAGCGGAGAAGAGUUAAACUAUCACAUAAACAAGUUAUUCAAAAUUCACAAUCAAAAUUGCGUCCAUACAAAAUAACUGCCGUGAUAGAUUUGAUAAAAAUUAAAAAAAGCAUUUUAUUACACAAAUAUAGUUUGCAGCUACAUUUUUCAAGCUGAUUCUGUAUUAUAACACUUAUUUAUAUUUGUAAACUAAUCUAGCAAUAAAAUUGCAAUUGUGCAAACUUUUAC